UUUUCUCCGCUGGCCCAGUAGGACCUGGAGAUCGGCGAGCGAGGGCUGUGCGGGGACGAGGAGCGCAGCCCGCCGGCCUUCCCCGCCCCGGGGGCCGGGAGAGCGAGGAGCCGAGGCCCCGCCGCCCCCCGCCCGCUGGAUUUGCCGUUCCCGGCGGCUCCCUGCACAUCAGAUUUCAGAUGCAUGCCAGGUUCCCGCUGAAUGCCAGCAGCAGAGAUCACUACAGAUGGAGCCUCAAAGUCAGCACGGCAGCGGCGGCUCCCUGGUGGUGAUUCAGCAGCCCUCCCUGGACAGUCGGCAGCGCUUGGACUAUGACAGGGACGGCCAGCCCGCCACCAUCUUGUCACUGGACCAGAUCAAGGCCAUCAGGGGCAGCAACGAAUACACCGAGGGGCCGUCGGUGGUGAAGAAGCCGGCUCCGCGGACGGCGCCGAGGCAGGAGAAGCACGAGAGGACUCACGAGAUUAUACCGAUAAAUGUGAAUAACAACUACGAGCACAGGCCCGGCCAGGCGGGGCACGCGGCCCACCCGCAGAACGCCAGGGCUCCCGUGCUGAGCCGCUCCACCAGCACGGGCAGCGCGGCCAGCUCCGGCAGCAACAGCAGCGCCUCCUCGGAGCAAGGGCUGCUGGGGCGCUCGCCGCCCUCCCGGCCGGGCUCCGGCCACAGACCCGAGCGGACGAUCCGGGCGCAGCCCAAGCAGGCGGCGCUGAUCGUGGACGAUCUGAAGGGGCCUCUGAAAGAGGACUUGACGCAGCACAAGUUCAUCUGCGAGCGGUGCGGGAAGUGCAAGUGCGGGGAGUGCACGGCGCCGCGGGCCCUGCCCUCCUGCCUGGCCUGCAACCGGCAGUGCCUGUGCUCGGCCGAGAGCAUGGUGGAGUACGGCACCUGCAUGUGCCUGGUCAAAGGCAUCUUCUACCACUGUUCCAACGACGAUGAAGGGGACUCGUACGCGGAUAAUCCCUGCUCCUGCUCCCAGGCACACUGCUGUUCUAGGUACCUGUGCAUGGGAGCCAUGUCCUUGUUCCUGCCUUGCUUGCUCUGCUACCCUCCGGCCAAAGGAUGCCUAAAACUCUGCCGGGGCUGCUACGACCGCGUCAAUCGUCCGGGCUGCCGGUGCAAGAACUCCAACACGGUCUAUUGUAAACUGGAGAGCUGCCCCUCCCGGGGUCAGGGCAAGCCCUCAUGAUUUUGGGAGGGAGGUUUACUUCCUCCAACUUCAGUUUUUCAGGUUGUAGCUGAUUUUUUUUCCCUCUCCCCAUCUUUUCUUCUUCCCCCCUCCUCUCCCAUUUUGGGAGGACUGUUGCUUUUCUUUCCUUUCUGUCUGCCCAACUCCAGACAUAUGAGCUCUUCCCCUUGCAUCUUUGCUCUCCUCCUCCUGCUGACUUGGCUGAGUGUGGAGCGUUUCAUGCAGUCACUGCUGCUCUUUGGUAAGUGUGGACCUGGGAUCUGCACCUGCUGCUCCUUCGGGCAGGGUCUUUGAGUUUGUAACUGAACCACUCCUGAAAGAGACAGUGAGGGCUCACUGGGCUCUUGAAGCUUCUUGCUCUGUGAAUAUCUUCCCAAAGAUGGUUUUUUUUUUUGUUCUCAGCAAGUUAUGGUUUUUUUCUCCUUAACCUACUGGGUGCCAAGGAAGAGUAACUUUCCUGAGUGAGCUGGAUUGUGAAAUAACUUUUUGUGUGUGUUCUUUCUGGAGAGGGAUGUAAAAUAAAGGCUUCACCAAAUGAAAGGCCUGACUCUUCUAUAAGCAGCCUGCUUCUUUUUGCAUCUUUUUUUUUUCCCCUCUCUCUUUUUCUCUUAACUUUUGGAACAUUCUCAGACCUGAGAAUUGUCCAGCCUUUUUUUUUUUUUCUUUUUUUUUCUUUUUUUACAUUUUCAGUGUAACUUCAGUUUUUGCUACACUAUGUAGAUCUUCACAUUGGAGACAUUGUGGCUGCAACAUACUCAUUUGUUUCUUCUGCUGUCCAGUCUUUGAAGGAUAUUGCUUACUCCACCCUCCUAAUCCAGUUUUUAUAGUCUGUCAGUAUCAGUUGAUAUUAAAGUUGGUGGUGUUCAUAUAUCCAAACAGCCUUCAGGUGUCAUUGAGUCACCUAAAUGUUCUUGAAUCCUUCAAGUCUCUUGUGAUCCUUUGGCUUAGUGAGUUUAGCUCUGCUCUGUACUUUAUAAUUUUAUUCUGUCCCUGUUUUAUUGCCUUAGCCACAAAUUGUGGUCCUUUUUUGUAUAUUUUAUGUAUAAAACACAAAGUUGAAUCCCAACUAUUUUUAAGACAAAAGUCUGUUAAAACUUUUUUUAUUGUAAAGAAUAUUUAUUAUGUGAAUCUCUAUUAUUUUAUGAUAUUUAUUGCAAAAGACUUCAAAAAUGUACUCAUGUCUGAAUAUAACAAAAUAUCAAUACUUAACGAAAUAAGGAUGACACGAAGAAAGUACAUAUGUUAACUAUAAUGCAGAAAAUAUAUUAAUUAAUGAAAA